AUGCCUUGUCGAAAAAAGGAAGACACUGCGGAUAUCGGAGCUCUCCUAGGAAAUAAGCUAAAAUCCAUAGGACAUUCAAUUGCUUCGAAUCAGGAUGAAAUCAAAGCUUUAGAAAACAGUUUCAUUGAAAAACUAAACAAGAUGCAAAAUAUGCUAGAAAAUUUAUUGGAUAAUCAAAGAAUUUCCAAUAACACUACUGGAAACGUCUCCGCUAUUGCAGGCGGAUCAACUUCAGAAAACGAAGAAAUUAUUGAACAAAUAUUUUUAUUUAUUUAUUUAAUUUUUAAUUUAUGUCCAAGUAAACUUACCGAUCCAUGUGCAAAUUGUUACCAAAGAUGUUUAACAGAUCAUAUAAUAGCAACAAUUGCUGAUCCUGAAGUAAGAAGAAAAUGUAGAUUGCUACCAGACACUGCUUCAAUAGAUGAAGUUAUGAAGAUAUGCGAACAAGAAGAGAGAGCUUAUGAUGAAGAACAAAAAUCUAGAAUCAUAAAUAAAAUAGAUGAAAAAAUAUUUACAAAUAAAAAGAAAUGUUACAGAUGUAAUAAUGGAUGGCAUCAAGAUAUAAAUACUUGUGCUGCCUAA